UUUAUAUAGGCGUAGAGGGAGUAAACUGCACAACUAAAAGCAAAAAGAGCGAUACUUUAGAAUAAAAGCUUAAAUCCCACGCUUAAUUCCAUCCGAAGGAUUCAGAAAAUUUGUAAUAAGGGCUUUAUUAAGACUAAAAAGCAAUUUAUCGCUUCAUUGAAUGAGUUAUUUUCCAGCAGUAUGAAUUGAUUUGAAUCACAAUGAAAGUGUUUUUAGAAUAGCUGGGAGUUGCUGAAGUGUUAAGGAAAUAAAUUGUCUAUAACGUUAGGAUAGAUCCUAAUUGCUAGAUAUGGGUGACAACGGCCCCUUUGUCGCGAAACCGGCUCGAGGUUGGCUACAUCCAGAUUCCGUAUUAGCCAGCGAUGGAAUAACUUAUGCAGUCAGAUAUAUUGGUUGCAUGGAGGUCCUUACAUCUAUGAAAAAAUUAGACUUUGAGACAAGAUCUCAAGUAGCAAAGGAAUGUAUUGCGAGAGUAUGUGCUGCAGCGGGACUAAGGACAGCCGAUAAAAAGCGUAGAGUUUGUCAAGCAGCUGCAAAUGCUUUAGCAGCUAGACCUAGAAUGUCACAUUCCGGCUCCAAUGUAGCCUUAACAAUCUCGUCGAGAGCUAUAAUACUGGCCGCUCUGGAAGGUGGUGAAACUAUUGCACGACAUGACAUGCCACGGGUGUCAUUUGCAUCCGGAGGUGAUCAGGAUUCAUUGGAUUUUGUGGCGUAUGUGGCUAAGUCUGCCCCGCCAGCGGAAUGGAGAGCAUGUUAUGUAUUAGAGUGCGGUGGGAGAUUGGCUCAAGAUGUCAUCGCGACCGUUGGACAGGCGUUUGAACUUCGUUUUAAAGAAUUCUUGACGAAACCUACAUCCUUGAACAUCAAUGGCUCGCGUCCAGUGUGCGGUUCUUCAGGGGAGGGUCUGGAAGAGCGCGAGUAUUACAACGACAUGCCCGACAAGAUGCCGCCGGAGCCUACCAGCCACAGACACCCGCCUCCGCCGCCGCUCGCCACACUCGCACCUAUAUCAUCAUGUGAGGAGAGUGUACGUCACUAUGUCAACCAGACCCCUCCCCCGACCCCACCUACGGCGCUGCUGCCUAAUCAUCAUACUGAUAUAUUCGACAUGCAGCCGUUCACAGUAGCCGCGGCGUCGUCGGCGGCGUCCACUUCUCCGUCGUCAGUAGCAGAGGAGCCCCCGCCUGCUCUGUCCGCGGCCGCUCAGUGCGCGCUGCUGGCCCGCGAGCCCUGGUACCACGGACCUAUAUCGAGAACCGCGGCUGAAAGGCUGGUCGUGGAGGACGGCGAGUUCCUCGUCCGUCAGUCGGCCGCGUGUCCCGGGCAGUUCGUGUUGACCGGGGCACGCCGCGGGGCGCACAAACAUCUACUGUUGGUCGACCCUAACGGCGUUGUGAGAACUAAAGACCGCGUGUUCGACAGCGUGCCUCAUCUCAUCAAAUAUCACUGUACUAAUGAACUGCCAAUAGUAUCAGCUGAUUCAGCGCUGCUCCUACGACUUCCGGUGCAGCGACCUUCCUGAGACAAACCCCGCUAUAUAUUCACAUAACAGCGCGGCUGUGUGAACUGACUAUUAGGAAAAAUUAUACCGUAUGUUCUGAUAUAAAAUCAUUCGAUUUUCUGGACACGUUCGAGUCUAAUACUUUUCGUCAAUAUCAUGAAAAUCUUACAAAAUAUUAUAGCAAUCUUUUUAAUUGACGUAUCAAAGUUAGUUAAGAGAAAAUAUAUAACAUUUGACAUGUGUAAUGUAGUGACGAGAAACUUCAUAUAUUUUAUUGUAAGAUUAACAAAAAAUUCUUACAAAUUUUUCAGCGAUAAUUUAUAUUUGUUCUAUUUCUAAGACAGAUUCCUGCCUGUCUCUAUAUGGCCUAUUGAUGUCUUAAAACUAUGUGAAAUUUUUCCACUGAGUUCUCUACAGAUGUCUUGUAUAAUACAUAGAAAAUGUGAAUGUUCAGAAACAAAAGAACUCAGAGGAAUCUCUCAUUUUUACUCUUUAAUGUGAACGCCGAUUAAACGAAAGAUCACAGAAAAAUCUCAGUCAAAUUGUUAAUAAAUUACUGUGGCUAUUUUUAAUGAAUGCUUUAUAAAAUCAUUAGUGAUUUAACAACGACCUAAUAAUAUUAAGAUUAUUUUUUUUUUUAAUAAUCAACAAUUUUAAACUAUAUUUUCGGUAUUAACUCGUCUAUCAAUUAUAUAUCUAGCGUUUAACCCUAUCGACCUGUAGAUGUGCCUUUAAAAUUAGCAAAUAUUAAAUGAAAUUAAAAAAAAAAUAUUGCAUUAUGAUGUUCACAUUCUGCAACAAAUAUCUGUGUAGGAAGUACUUUAUAUGCAUGCAACAUGUUUAAGAUAAUUGAAUAAUUAAUGAUGAAAAAAUGUUGAUUGCACUUUGUAUUCAUCACCUUAUAAAUGAUAUGUCUGUCACUAAACAUGUUAAUUACCUGCUUUAGAUUCCAAAUGAAAUAAAACAAUUACAAUAUUUAUAACGCUGACAGUGACCUUUCAAGGCCUUAGUACGUUUCUGUUUUGGAAACCGAAUUACCAAACAAAAGGUGUUAUUCGUUAAUGAGUCGGAAUGUUUUUGGUUUAGUCGGUAGGUGAAUAUUAACAUUGUCUGGACUAGCACGUUGUAAGCAUUUAAAAUGUUGAUUUUAUACAAAUGAUGUAACAAUUAAUUUGGCUAACGCUCGGCGCGGUCGGCGUCACACGAUGACCGGCUUGUUGUUCAUUCCCAAGGAACAUUCCUAGAAAAAUGUAAAUGACGGAAUUGAAUCGUAACUGUCUGUGACUGUGGUCGUAAAUAAGUUGGCUUAACUAUUAUAUGUAUCAGAUCUCUACAAGACUAUUUUUAUAUGUAUAAAAUAAUAUUAUUUUUUAUAAUGUGACCUGAAUAUCUUUGCGACAUAUACUUCAUAAUUUUUUGCUAAAUUAUCCGUUUCAUUGUAUAUUUUUAUAUUAUUUUAUAUACUUUUCAUUGGAUAUUUUUCAUUUUAGGCGGAAUUUAUUUGCUAGUCUUCACCAAAUGUGUUAUAAGCGUGAAGGCUUUUUUUUAUGAGAAUUUUAGAUUAUGUGCAAUGUCAAUACCAAAAUGCCAUUUUAUGGACAUAUUUACAUGGUAGGAAUGUUUUUCAUUAUCUGUGUUCAUUCGUUCAUUGUAUUUAAUUUGGAUGCGUAAGCUCUCUCAUUUAGCUUUUUACUGUACUUUAGAUUUUUAUUACGAUGUUAAGAUACAACGAUAGGUGCUAUAAAGUUUACUUAAAAUGAAAUAUAUAUAUAGGAAAUGUAUUUAUCAUCACAAAAUACAUUUUUACUUUACAUGAGACUGUUUAGAGGUUUUGUAAUGAUUGUUAAUGUUGAAUUUGGUAAUUGUACGUUGGAAAUGAAAUUAUUCUCUACUCCGUGGUCGCACAAACGUUAUGUUAGGACGGUACACACUUAUGUACGUUUUGUACCGCAUGUACCGGCCAGUAUGUGCUUCUUAGCGUGUUUCAUGGUGAACGGAAGUCCUUGCAAACGCCUAAAUACGUGUCAUUUAUUAUGCUUUAAAGUUAAAAUACAAUAUAUACAAUAUGAACUUAAAAUAUCCUUAUUUUAUUUAAGUGCAUGUAACUUUAGUCUUAGACCUAACCAUCUUUUAUAGAUGUUACGUUCUUAAAUAAUUGUGAUUAUAGAAAAUAAAGUAUGCAAAAUUA